ACAUUUGAUGAGGCAGAGAAAAAUCACUGGAGAUGUAUGGAAAAUGAAUGGGAACAACAGAAAUUAAAAAUCUUGAAUUCCUUAUUGGGAUCAGAACAGGACUCGUUGGAUUUAUCUGCUGAUGUUUUAGUAAGAUAAUUAUUCUAACGCCCAUAUUCUAAAAGCACACUCAAUGAGUAGAGGUUCAAUCUGAGCUUCUCUUAAGUGUCAAAUGAAUGCUGUUUUUUAAAUAGCUGGAGGGUGAGUUGUCGCAUAGUAUAGUACAACACAAACCCUCCAGCUAUUCAAAAACAGCAUUGACACUCGGGAGAAGCUCAGAUUGAAUCUCCACUCAUUGAGUGUGAGUGUGAGUGAGCAUUUAGAAUACGGGUGUAAGUCUAUGGUGCCAAUCUCAUUGCUUUGUACUGCUAAUAACAGCUGUUGCUGUGUCAAUUUUUUAGUAUAACAAAAUAAAAAAGAUGGAAUUAAAAUUGUAUUUUUAGGAUGGUACUUUGAAUCGUGUCGACCUGUCUCAAAGAAGUGGGCUAGACUUUGUUGAGAUGGCUUAUGCUAGACAGGUAUGAAGAAUAAGACAUAACAAUCCAUCAUGUUUUAUGUCUAUAUGAUUUAUACGACAAAAUUAAAUUAAUGAUUUUUGUGACAAAAUUAAAUCCUUUUGUAGUUUUAUAUGUAAAAGUAGAGCAUAUUUGCCACUUCAAGGGUUACAAAAACAACAUGCAAGUUGUUUAUAUUUGUUUAUUUUAGAUUUAUAUGUACAAUGAAGCAAUCAUCCAAGGCAUGGACUUUGAUAUUGUAGAGGGUUUUCAUAAUACAGCCAGCAAAUUUAAUGACCAGGUACCAGUAUGAAAGAAUAAUAAUAAUAUAUUAAUAUAUCAUGUGGUGUUUCCACAAACAACAAAAGUAUAUGUUUUAUUGCCAUGCAAACCUAUACAAAGAAUAAUUAUAUAAUAAUAAGUUUGUCAUAGUUUACAUGUUAUUUACAUAUCAAGUACAAAUUUUUACAAUACAAUAAGCUUACAAAGACAAUUAGUUGUAACAGGAGAAAGCGAAAGAACUUAACCCGGCCUAAAUGGAACAUAUGUUAUUUAUAUCAAUCUUACUUAAUGCUAGACUUCAUGAUUUUAGCACAUCAAAGAUUGCUGGACCCUUGUUGACCAAAUGACAGAUCUUCAAACCCACAGUUCAACAACUUCCUCUGAAACAACCAGGUGCUUAUCUUAAGGCCCAUUUACACUUGCAAUUUUUGCUGUGAUUUUCUUCUGACGCAUGUGAUGAGUUAUGAUUGUUUUAUUGAGUAUAUGUACCCUCAUCAGAAGAAGAAAAUUGCACUAAAAAUCACAGCAAAAAUUGCAAGCGUAAACAAGCCUUUAGAAUUAUUGCAUGCAGUAUAAUUAUUGACUGUUUUCGGUAUAUGUAGUACGCAUAAUUCCACUGAAAGUCAUACUUGCACUUUGUUAUAGAUUCUCCACCGAUUCUCAAACAUUCUUUAUACAACAAGCGAGAUCAUUCUUAGAGAAACGGUAAUAUAAACGAGAAACUACAGAUAUGGACUCGUGGUUUGAUAAAUUACAAAAAAAAAUUAUAAAUGCUAAACUCUAAUCGGGAUUAUAGUCAUUAUACAGUUACUGUACCAAUCAACAGCAGAGCCAAUAGACCUUUCCCCUUAUGAGUGAAAUUUUGAUCUAGAUAUGCCUGGACAAAAAUUUCAUCGCAGCUUGAAAGAGCAUCACAAAAUAAGUAAUAUUCCGAAGUUUCGUUGCGAAAUGUUGUAAAAUGCGGAUAAUAUAGCCUUGCGAAGUUUGCCGUUUUUCAGUCAUUUUGCAUUACAAACGGGAAAUUGAUAAUCAGAUGAUCAAACUGAUUAUCAAUUUCCCAUUUGUAAUACAAAAUGACUGAAAAACGGCAAACUUCGCAAAGCUAUAUUAUCCGCAUUUUACAACAUUUCGCAACGAAACUUCGGAAUAUUACUAAUUUUGUGAUGCUCUUUCAAGCUGUGAUGAAAUUUUUGUCCAGACUUGUUUACAUCAAAAUUUCACUCAAAAGAGGAAAGGUCUAUUACUGGAAUUGUUUUUCAAAAUCCUUACUAUGGAAAUAGUAUUGAUCUUUGUUGGAAAUAGUAUAGAUAAUUUAGUGAUGCAAUCGCAAAUUUCACUAUUUUUUCAGUGAAUUUUUUUUUUUUGGGGGGGGGGAAAUGGUUGAAAAUAUCACUAUCCUGUUGGUAACAAUAUCUAAUUUAUAGUCUUUCUCAUGAAGGCCAAAAUCCGCCAUUUUUGGGAUACAGUCUGCUCUCGUAAAAGACUGUAGAUAGUUUAAACAACGUGAAAAGCUACUUUUAAAAGUUGUAUAAUACUAAAAAGUCACAUUUCGUUGUGCAGAGACUCAAACGUGAGAGAGGCAGUAGAUAGUACUAAACCAACCUAUAAAAAUAAUAUUACACGAGAGGGUGUUAAUUGUAUCUUUUAGCAUUUUCUCUGCUACGAAACAGUGCUUAACGUUACAGUAUAUCACGAAGUCCACAUUUUCCAAUAUAUAUAAUAAAAGUACAUCUUUGGUCAUACAUACUGUGUCUAAGUGUCUCAAUUUAUUUUACUGAUUAGAUACCAGAAGUACAUAGAACGUAUAGUCUACAGUAAUCUGCAACAAGCACAGUUAGGAGGCGUUCCUGGUGUGUUCUUUCUUGUCAAGAGUUUUCUAAAGUUACGUCCUCUGGUUUCUAUAUCACACGAACUUGAGGUAAAGGAACUAAUUUCCUUCGUCACCAAUGGGCACUUUGCAUGACACUUAGAGUGACAAUCAUGUUAUCCAAUCAUGAUCCAGUGAUGGGCAUGUUAGAUUGUCUUACUGUACAUAAUUUAGCCUUCACUAACGCCUUAAUUCUAAAAGUUCACUCACACUCACAUGCACUCAAAGAGUGGAGGUUCAAUCUGGGCUUCCCUUGAGUGUCAGUGCUGGUUUUUGAAUAGCUGGAGGGUUAGUGUCGUACCUUACUAUAUGUGAAUACUCACCCUCCAGCUAUUCAAAAACUGCACAGACACUCAAGGGAAGCUCAGAUUGAACCUCCACUCUUUGAGUGUGAGUGAGCUUUUAGAAUACAGGCGUAAUAGUUGUUUGAAGUUUGUUUUAAGUUUUAACCUUACAAACGGCUACUGCAACAGUGAGUUUGCCAAAAACAAUGUGGUGGAUGUUAUAUAAGGUUGAAUUUAGAGUGAGAACAACUUUCACUUUGCAAAAAUAUUUCGCUUUCUUCCAGCCAGUUUUGGGAUUGAUGUAUUCGAUAACUUUGUUGUAUUUAGGACGGAGAAGUAGACGGUGUUCCUCUUUGGCCACUCUUGUAUUAUUGUAUCAGAUGUGGUGAUCUUGAUGCUGCUAUGCAAGUUGCUCAAAUGUCUCCGUACGUACAGUAUAUUAACCUACACAAUUAACAUUUUUGGAUAACACAUAUGCCCAGUUACCUUCUAUUUGUGUCUCCGGAACAGUUUUCACUCAUGACAAUCGAAGACAUUGUCGUUGUGUAUGUUUUUUCUAGAUAUCAUACAACUAAAUUUUCACCCAUCGCAAUCGAAUACAUUGUCCUUGUACAUGUACAUGUACAUGUACAUGUAUGCUGUAUAAUGUUCUAGACAUCGUACAACUAAAUUUUCACUCAUCAAAAUUGAAUACAUUGUCGAUUUGUCGUUCUAUAUGUUUUUUAGACAUCAUACAACUAAAUUGAAGGAGUAUUUAGAAGAUUAUAUGCGAAGUGAAGACAAAAGGUUUGCGGUUUGCGCGUUUUGUUUGCUCCAUAACUAUUCAUAAUUGAUCAGUCUUUUCUGAACAUGAAAUAUUUGAAUUUAAUUUUCUCAGGUUACACCCGAGUUUAGAAGAAGAAUUACGCCUGCAGUAUCGACGGUCAGUCAACAAUGGUACUGAUCCCUUCAAGAGGUAACCCAUAAUACUUACCAUAAAAAUAUCGAACUAUAGCAAAGUACAGGUAGCGAUGCCUAAUUUUAGCUGGAGACUUGACAAAAAAACACCAAUCGCUUACCUUUUAAAAACGGUUUUAGUUUGUUUUUCUUCGAUUUUCUGUGCACGAGUGUCCAUGUCGGUAAAAUAGGAAAUAAAGCGACUGGUUUUAUUAUCGUUACGUCCCGUUCUAUAUCAAACAUUGCCUUAAGCCCUGGGCAAGCGAGGAUAAGGGAGGACUUCCACUUGCGGGAGAAAUAUUUCGCUUGAUUUCUUUUGAAAUUGUGACCAUCGUGUAUCCGAGUAAAUCAGUAGUUGAUCGCUUGCAGUUCGGUAGAACUUGAGCGAAAAAGUUCGACAGCGAAAUUUUCCUUGCAAAUGGAAAUCCAACUUGAGAGUUUACGAGAGAGUCUUGCCACCGUCAAAUGAGAACAAGAGUUGAUGAAAGUUUCUUGCCACCUUCGAAUGAGAACAAGAGUUUCGAUAUUACCACAUGGCAUAUACCGAAAACGUUCAUCAACUUUCACCAAAAAUUAGACCAGCUCUAAGUUGACAAGAGUCCAUGAGAAUUGGCGGCCAAACGCGAGCAGUAGUUCAGGGUCCCCUCGGUCCUUGAAAAUCCUGGAAAGUCCUUGAAUUUGUUUUAAAAAAAUCCAGGCCUGGAAAGUACUUGGAAAAUGAUAAGGUCCUUGAAAGUCCUGGAAUUUUUUUUCAGUAGGCUGGAAAUAAUUGAAGAAUUGUUACCAGCCCAAGGAUUAUUGCCCAAAUGUUUAUUUUCUCCAAUUUCAAUUAAAAUUAUGUAUAACAAUUGUCCAAAAGUUGUGUUGCGAAGCUGAUUUUCAAAGAUUUUUCCAGUUGCCAGGUCCUUGAAUAUACUGAAAAAGGUCCUUGAAAGUCCUGGAAAAGUCCUUGAAUUUCAUCUUCACUAAAAGGUGGGGACCCUGGUAGUUGCAACUCUCAUCCUUCGGUUUGAUCGUCGCUUAAGUUAGCAACAGAGUUAGCUACAGUAAGCUACUGUAAGUCAUGCAGUCAACUGUAUCUUGGUGCUUGUACCAGUGUAUAAAUGCCUAAAGUCUUGCCAUCCUCUCACUUCUAGAGCGGUGUACACGGUAUUGGGACAUAUUUCGGAUGCGGAAGAACUAUCUGAUGUUAUCACAAAGACUGAUGAUUACCUCUGGCUAAAGGUACGAAAACUGUUGAAUACUACCUCCCAAAAGCUCAAAACCAACAAUAAUUUAAUUAAUAUUUGAUUGUUAGUUAUGUCAGAUCGUUUCAACGGGUGAAAAAAGAGACCACAGUCACAGCACAUUGACAUUACAGAAUUUACAAGUGUUGUUAUUGGAGGAGUAUGGUAAAGUAACACGAUUUUAUCUCUCUUGCUAUGAACCCAUAUUUCCGGGGCAAUUACUGUAUGUCAUUCUGGCUAUAAAGUGACUGACAGAAAGGGUUUUACUGCAAAUCUAAACCCAUUUGGUAAUUUAUAUUCUAGGUGAAGCAUAUUUCAAAGCAGUAGACAAUCCUUUGUUGUAUUUCCAAGUACUGAUGUUAUCCGCUCAAUUUGAAGCUGUGAGUAAAACCUUGUUGGCUUGUGAGAAUCGUCCAUAACUACACUGUAUCUGUAAUGUUAUAUAAUAUGAUGUUUGUAUUUCACUUCAGGCAAUCGAGUUCUUGUCUCGUAUUGAAACAUAUCGUAGUCAUGCUGUACAUUUCGCCAUUGUUAUGUAUUUACGGAAAUUACUUAUCCUACCUGAAACUGUUCAAGCACAAUUAUGUAAGUCAUGCAAAUUAAUGCGUUGGAUUCGAUUCCUGGCGAUUAUUUUUAGGAGAUCAUUUGACUUAUUCGAACAUUCCAAAUUAUUAUUCCUGAGGACAACAAGCACAUAAUUAUUAUAUACCUUUUCUUUUGAAACUCAGAAAACUUUGAGGUUUUAGGUACUGAUGUAUUUUGUUCUUUCUGUAGUGACAAAAGAUCCCACAGAUGCCGGAGUUCGCAAAAUGAAUUUCGCUCGCCUUAUCAAGUCCUACACAAGAAAGUUUGAGAUUACCGACCCGAGAGAAGCUUUGCAAUAUUUUUACCUCUUGAGGUGAGCUUUGGGGUUUUUUAAACAACACCACUCAAUUCUGUUUGCCUCUAAGUACAUGAAUACAACAUAAUACACCCUUCCGGAAAUGACGUCAUUUUGACUAUAGAGCCUCGUGUAUUUGACAUACGUUAACAUCGCCAGCACGAAAACGAGGUCCUAUAACCAAGGUUACAUACUUUCCGGAAGAGUGUACAAUGAUAAAAGUUAACUCUGGUAGAAAUAAGAGAUAGCCGCUCACUUCGAUAACUUCAGGUUGACCACCAUCUACACGCGUAAAAAUCUUACACCUUGUAGCAAGUCUGCUAACAAGCCGUCAACAAGUUGUGUUCGCACUGCUUGUCUCAAGUUGUCAACAAUUUUGGAACAAGCUGUGAACAACUUGUAACACGCUUGAUGACAUUAUCAGACUUGUGGCAAGGUUGUGCUAACAUGCAAGUCCGAUACAGUCAUGAUAUAACAAUAUUGUUACAAUUUUGUGUCGUUAACCUUGUAACAUUCUUGUUAUAUCAUGACUGUAUCGGACUUGUUAGAACAACCUUGUAACAAGUCUGACAGUGCCAUCAAGCUUGUUACAAUUUGUUAACAGCUUGUUCCAAACUUGUUACAACAACUAGGAACAAGCAGUGCGAACACAACUUGUUGACAGCUUGUGAACAGAUUUGUAACAACUUGUGCGUUUUUAUGUGAAAACUGCACGAUAAUGCUAGUAAAACCCACUAUUGGUGUAUAGCUCAGUGAUUGGUAUUGGUGAAAUUUCUGGGAUUUACUACAGUCUACAGUAUAUUAUUAUUAAACUUUUCAGAAAGUUGAGGAGCCCUCAUGGAGAGAAUUUGUUCAGUAAAUGCGUCAGUGAACUGGUAUUGGAGACAAGAGAGGUACUGUAUAGUAUGAGAGAUGGAAAUUUAAUGUGCAUUAGUACAGUACAAUUCUCUCGUUACAAAAACUCCCAUUUAUUGUUGUAAUCGAUGUCAUUAUUCUGGCUUUUGGAAACGACUGCUCCUGCCGUAUUUCUUACUUAUAAACCUAAUCGUCUUACAGAGUUACAAUACUGUACCUUGUUUAUUGAUCCAGUCUAUAUGCUUAGAUUAUCAGAACAGUGGUAACCAGGCAUGUGGACAUAAACAUCCCUUAGAUGAUUAGCGGCUUUGUUGGACAGUGAACUAUUUUGCAUUAUUCGGCUCACUCCCAAUCAGGGCUUUCCAGUGACCGAUUGCGUCAAAUAUUACGCUUACUUAUAUUAUCUACUUAGCCUAGACUACUGUAUUUAUCUCUCUCCCUUAGAGUUCAGAUCCGUUGUAAUACAGUAAGUGUCUUAUUUUUCAGUUUGAUGUACUGUUAGGUCACAUGGAAGCUGAUGGCACUCGAAAAGUAAGUUCUCAACCCAAUUGUACUCUUAGACUAAGGUACUGUAGGUCUGUAUUUGGUUAUUCUUGCACGGGGGAGGGAAUUAAUUGUCACAAAUAAUUUACAUUACUCUUGCACAUGUAUACCAGUGCGUAUUUUAAACGUUUUGUUGUGGUGGGCCACAACCAAGAUUAGGACCCAGUGUAGGUUCCCCUACUUCGUAAGGUCCGAGUCUGAGCCACUAACUAGUGGGACCUGCGGGGGCAAAUGCCUCCCCCCAGUAUAUAUUAUGUUAAGAUAUUCCUUUUCUUGUACCACUAUCCUAAGAUUUGUUUUGUACGUAUACUAGAUGGCUUAGCCUCUGUUAUCUGAAAGUAUGUUGUUUUGUUUCCGAUAUAGUUGGGCUGUAUAGACAAGUUCCAGGGGGACGUUGAGGAUAUUAUUGAAAUGGUCGCAAAAGAUACGGAAGAAAAGGGUUUAUUUGAAGAAGCUGCUAGAUUGUAUGAUCUGGCAAAGGUAAGACUAUGAAAAGAGAUCAUGAACAGCUACAUACCCAGACAUUUUAUAGAUAGAAUGUUAACUGAUAGUUAUUGUUAAGUUGUAUUGGCUUAUGGAUUGAAUUUGUUUGCGAAUAAUUUUUUUUCGAUUAAACGUGCGUGGUGUAACAUGAGUCGUUCGUAAAAGUAAAACAAUUACCUAUCUCGCUGUCAUACCAACAAAGAACUCGUUAAGGAACAUCUUAUCAUUGUUUUGUAGAACCAUGAGAAAACUGUUGAAGUACUCAACAAACUUCUAAGUCAGGUAAUAUUGUUUGAGAAGACUUACAGUAAUGUAUUAAUGUAAUCGACAGUUUGUUUCAUGUAGUUGUUUCGAGUUUGACUCUACCAAAUACGGUGGAUUUUUUCUGGGCAUUCCGAAGUCCUCCUGUAGUCAAACAGGACGAAUAAGGAUGGCCCUUACUGUACCUGUAGGAAGAACAAUGUGGAACUGACAGAACUAUCCGAGAUAAACAAAGAUACAAUUGAACACAUAUUAAACGAAUAUCUUUGGGACUUCACAAAUGUGACCGCUUAAAGGAGGUGUCUGCUUAAUAGGGGUUGUAAUUAUAGUGUUUUAUUAACGGUGGAACCAGAGUUUGUAUACUGUGAAAUGGAACCGCUUAAAAACGAUGUCCAUCUGUUUAUAGGGGAUCGACCGUACUGUAGUUAAAUUUUUAAAGUUUUCUGAUAUUUAUUUCCAUUAGUUCCUAACCCAAUUCUAUUCCAUUUAUUCAGGUAGUUUCUGCAGCUCCCAGUCCCCACUCAAACAGAGACAGACUAAAGGCACUAGCUUUUUCUGUUGCUGAGAGGUAAGUUAAAACUUAUAUUGCACAUACAUACUUCUGACAGCUCACAUUCUAACACAGAUUCAUGAAUGUCUUUUUUUUAGAUAUAAAAGUCAGGGGAAUAAUGCGUCGCGUGUUCGAUCAAAUACUUUUUAUCUCCUGUGUGAUCUUAUCCAGUUCUUUGACCUUUACCAUCUUAACAAAAUGGAUGAAGCUUUUGAGGUACAAGGGAUGUUAACACCAUCAUCACCACCACCAUUAUCAUCACUGUCAGUUUCAUUACUACUAUCAUCACUGUCAGUUUCAUUACUACUAUCAUCACUGUCAGUUUCAUUACUACUAUCAUCACUGUCAGUUUCAUUACUACUAUCAUCACUGUCAGUUUCAUUACUACUAUCAUCACUUACCAAUACCACCAUCAUCACCAACACCAUCAUUACUAUCACCGUUGCCACCACCAUCACUUAACCAUCACCACCAUUAUUAUCACUGUCACCUUCAUUACUACCAUCACCACUUACCAUCACCACUUACCAUCACCACUUACCAUCACCACUUACCAUCACCACUUACCAUCACCACCACCACCACCAUCAUCAUUACUAUCACUGUUACUACCACCACCGUCACUUACCAUCACCACCACCAUUAUUACCAUCACUACUGCUUCCAGUGCCACCACCGUUACCAACAACCAAGAACGUAUAGAACCCGACUAACUAACAUUGCACAUUUUAGGUGAUGCGAAAGUUACAACUAGUUCCACUUAGUGGUGAAAGUGUCGAUCAAAAGGUCUCAUCUUUCAGACAGUACACAGAUGAGGUGAGGCAGUUGUGUUUCGUUCGAUAUUGUUUAUGUUAAAAUAUUUUGAAGUUUCGAGACCUCCUGGUUACUGACUUCAUGGUGAAAGACCUUCGCUUUCCAAACGUUCAAAUAUUUCUGCACGCUUGUCAUAUUAUACUGCUUACACGCGGCGUCCAUGUGUAGUAUACUGUAUAUGUAUUUGUUCUGGUGCUUUAGAUACGAAGAUGUCUGCCAGACAUACUCAUUGCUACGAUGACAAUUUUGUACAGCAAAUACAAAGAAAGAAGGUGAGCAAUAAUCGAAUUUAUGGAGAUUCAGUAACAAGGAAUUUAUGAAGAUUCAGUACAAGCACUGGUAGAAAUCAAAUGUCGAGUGCACUGCUUUUAUAACAGGGUGAAGUUGAAACAUGUACGCCAUCCUGGAUCCCUGAAUCAAUUUUCCCCUCCGAAAUCAAUUAUUUAUAUGGUGUCAUGUUUACUUUUUCAGACCUGACUAUCCGAGUUCGCCUGCAGUUUUACAUCGAGAUGAAGGUGGAUUACAGGCGGUAGGUUUUGAAAUUGAAGAGUGGAAAUUUAUAUACAUUUAUUACACCUAACCAGGAACAGCUGCGAAAAUGUUUACGUCCCUCGCAGGAAUCGAACCUGUGGUCUGUGGCCUUGCGAUUCAGAUGCAACGCUCUAACCAACUGAGCUACAUACAGUACUAUUUAAAACACGAGCAGGAGUACUUUAGGCCAAAAAAAAAAUAUGUGGGUUUCCGGUUUCCCGACCCUACCUAGCUUUUGGACGUUGAAACCCCAACCCUAAACUUUUUUAUUGGAUCAUGGUUGUAAGUGUUUCCACUUAGAGAAAAAAGUUUGUUGAAAAUUGAAAUUUGAGGCAAUAUUAGGGAAAUUUAUCUUUGGAUGUGGAAGCACUGACUAAACAAAAUGGCGUCCGCUUGUUCGGAAAAUUAAAAAAAAAAGUUCAAAAAAAAAAGUUAAAACCGACCUACCCUACCUAAGUUUUUAUAAGAAGAAACCGGAAACCCACAUAUUUUUUUUUUUUGCCUUAUCAGAUAUAAAACACGAGAGCAUAGCUCGAGUAUUUUAUAUCUGAUAAAGCACGGACUGCGAGCAUUUUAAGUCGCUUAAAAAAUGACCUAUCUAAAGAGUUCAUUGGCGAAGUAAUUUUAAAAAUAAACGUUGUCUAAGGGCUUAAACAAUAUUUAAAGUUAUCUAACUUUUGUUUAGGGCUGAAACACGUAUUUCAAAAACUCAUUAAUAAUUCAGGAGCAAAACACAAAGAAAAAUCAUAAGCGUGUCGUGGUUUUAUAUGUGAUAAAACACUCCUCGCAUGCUUUAAAUAGUACUUCAAUUGCUCAAAAUACGUCACACUUCAUUGAAUCCCCGGGUAAGCGGGACCAUAUAAACAGCCCCUAAGCCGAGAAAAUGAAAGUAAAGUUUAUGUAAAUGAACAUGAUUUUUUAUCACAUAUAAAACCACCGCAGUGAUUCCCUUUGUCUUUUCCUCAUAAAUUAUUAAUGAGUUUUUGAAAUAUAGUUUAAUUUUGUUGCUGCAAUAAGUCGGGUAACAUUAAACAUUUUUGUUGGACUUAUUUCUUAAACAUUUGCGACGUUUAUUAUGUGAUAUAUUUUAUGCUAACUCACAACCUUGCUAUCUUUUAAACAUUCUAUAUUUCAUUUCUCUCCACAGUUCCGUAAGAAUGUUCGCCAGCAAGCCCGAGCUUUGAUAACAUUCGCCGGUCUUCUGCCAUAUCGAAUGCCUGGUGACACGAGCGCUCGCCUAGUUCAACUGGAAGUGCUGAUGAACUGAAUAAUCCUCGUAUUUUCUCGUCGGAGAGCGUCGCCGACCACUCGAGGAAUUGUCGUAAAUCGUUCGGGUCCGUUGAUCUGACUUGAUGCCACAGGUAGUACGUACAGUGUUUCGUAUCCAUGAUGACUUCUGUAACUCCGACCAAAAUUUUUUUCUGUCAAAAUGAAUUAGUGUACAAAUUUUUUAACAUGCUGGCUAGUUAGGGUAAAACAAAAAUAUUAAAUUAAUCCCGCUUUUGAUUUGAUGAAAUUUCAUUUCAAUCUAGUGUUAUUAAUGCGUAACAAUGGUGCUAUCAUUAACGAUCCAGCGGUCUGAAUGAGACCCCGUCAUGCCAUCCAGCCACUCACUGUUUUAACUUGUUUGAACUUUUAUGCAAUUUAUACAAAUUAUGAUAAAGAACUUUGUUAUAAAACGCUGUCUUCCACAUUGAUUAUAAGAGGUUUGAUAAUUGAUAGUAUUUUCUGGAUAAAAUUUAAGCCAAUUGUUAGCUGUCAGUUCAGCUAUUGCAUCCUCCGCGGGCAAUUCAGUGAAAAACAACGGCGAAAUUUACGAA